UUCACUUUCUGUUCACUUGCCUGCUCAACAGAGACUGGACAAACAGAACCGGUGAGUGAGGAGAGUGUACCAAGGGAUGUGACAGACUUUUUUCAAUGCCCAUUUGGACUUCAGUAUAUUUUGUUUCUUAUCUGGACACUGGCAAUGUCUGAAAGCAUUGUGAGGAAAGUUCAGCCCUUCACCAUUGGGACAAGGCUGUCAGUCCCGGCUGUGCCAAAAUGCCAGGAGUUUACACAGAGUUAUCUGCAGAGUCAGAGUCUGGACAACUGCACUCUACAGCACAACCUGAACUCGCUCUACCUCAGUCGAUCCCAGGUCUGCGCACAUGGCCCCUGUCUCGUCUCGCCCAUUGUCAAGCAGGAAGCCCCUGUGAAGCACGACCAGGAGGACAUGGCAGCUGAGGACCACCUGAACCAGAACGUAGCCUCUCCCUCCGCCGUCUCCAGAUCCAUCAAGAAGAUCACAAUCUCUGGGAGUAAAGACAGAUCAGAGAACAAGGUGUCAGUGGGACCAGCUCAGCUUUCAAGCACAGGGUCCACAUCUGAAAACAACAAUAACAACAACAAUGUCACCAGCACAUCAGAUCCACAUCUGCCCAGGAUUGUGGGUGUGAGCUGUGAGAAUAAACCCAGUUCUCACUUCAAGGUUUUACUCAGAAAGGACAGCAGUGAUGAACUUCAGCCCACACAGCAGACCAGGCUGAAGCUGAACGGAGAGAAGUCCUUCCAACAGAUGUCAGUGCCUGAAUCACAGAAGAAAGAGCCUCAGAGGAAAGAAAGUCAUCUACACACAGAGAAUGGAGCCUCGGCAGCUGUUGUGUCCCAGAGUGACGGCUUCACUCAGCGCAAUUCACUCUUCAACAAAGAAGUGCUGCAGGCAGAGGCGUGGAUCAAAGGCAAGCUGCAGGACCUGAAGGAUGGAUGUAAUAUUCAGCGCUGCCCCCUGCAGGACUGGGAGGAAGCCUCGCAGACACUUCAGAGGGACCUCAAAGACUUUGAGAACACCCUUAUUCAACUCAACCAGAUGGGUGAGCAGUUGAUCUGCAAGCUGAACCCCACCUCUGAUCUGGUGAAGAAGCAGCUCAGCCAGCUCAGGGACCAGUGGCAGACCCUUAAACAGACGGCUGCAAAUCAGACAAGAGCCCUCGGUGGAGCCAAGAACCUGCAGGACUUCAACAAAAAAGUGGACAAGCUGGAGGCCUGGAUUAAAGAGAAGGAAGAGGAGCAGUCUCUGCUGAAUGUCCUGGGGGAAAAUGUUGACAAAAUGCAGCUGACCAGGAGAAUUUUAGAUCUUAAGCAGGAUGAGCAGCUAUACAGAAACCUCCAUGAGGAGAUCAACCACUUGGCCCUAAAACUGGAGAAACAAGGAAAGACAGAUGGCAAAAACAUCUCCAGCAAGAGGAAACACAUCAACAAAAUGUGGCUGAAGGUCCAGGCUCAUCUGAAAAACUACCAUGAAAAUCUUCAGCUGGCACUGGAGGUGUCCUCGUUCUACCAGCAGGCUGAAAAUACGUUGUUUGCUAUUAAUAACAUGAGGAAAAGCAUAUCUGCAUCCAAAGAGCUGGACAGCUUCGGCGAUAGAGAAAUACGUGAUAUUGCCAGUCAAAUCAUGAUGCUAGAUGUGAGCGUGUCCCAGGUGUCUAAUCUCCAUCCUGCGCUGGCUGCCAGCGUCACACAGAAACAGAACGAGGUGAAGGACUGCUGGGUGCUUCUUCAGAAGGUUUUCAGGAGUGACAGGACCACACUCUCUCCCACUGGCUCCACUUUCACCAGGGAAGAUGCUGACCCCCUGACACCGGCCCGAGACCCCCAGUGCAUCGUGGGAACGGAGACACAAAGGAUCAUGGGAAAGGAGGUGAAGGAGGAGCAAAAUCGUCUGAAAGGCUGCGUGAGUACUGUUGAAUGUGGGAUUGGUAGGAGAACACAAAGAGACCAAAGCCAGGAGCAGUCAUCAGCGAACCACACCUCUUCACCCACGGGAGACAGCCCUGCCUGUUCAAAUGAUGUCAUCGUCAGACAUCAAUUGAAAGGGGAAAGCAGGAAGCCCAGAGCAGAGCCCAAGCUUGCCACCGCCCCGCGAGGCCACCCACAGCUCCACACACAGCUCCAGAAGUUCACCGUGUCUGCUGACAAGACUUUGUCCUGGCUUAAAGACAACGUGUCCAUGGCCACACAGGUGUGUUCAAUAGCCAGCUUCGAGGGUCUGGAGGCAGCCAGGAGGUGUCAACACGCUCUGGAACAAGAAAUUCUCACCAACAGGGCCAGGAUAGAGGUGGUCAAACGGGAGGGCCGUGGGCUGGUCCGUGCACAGCACCCGGGCAGCGCCAAGAUAGAGGAGUUCCUCGGCCAGCUGGAAGUCCUGUGGGAAGAACUGCGGAGGAGGCACCAGAGGAACGCCGUGUUUCUUCAGGCUUCCGAGGAGCUGGGUUUUAGGGUUGUAAAAGUGCUUCAGGCCCUGGGUAGCCUGGAGGCCUGGCUGGAGUCCGUGGAGCUUUCCAUGAAGGAAUCUGCUCUCGCCGGUGACCCUGAAACAAUGAGCAUGGCUGAGAGGGAGAGCUGUCUGCUGGAGAAAGAGGUGGCAGCGCGCAGCCUGGAGCUCGGUGCUCUGCGGCAGGAGGUGGAGCGCCUCCACAGCCACAGUCAUCCACACACACGAGGCCUGCCAGCGCGCAUGGAGGAGGUGGAAAGAAAGUACCAUCGUGUCCAAAGUGCCCUGACCCAGCAGAACUCAGAGCUGCAGGACACACGAAUGCUGACUGAGUUCCUGGAGCGCGUGGAGCUGGAGGAGAGCCAGGAGCUGAGUGGUAGUCAGUACAGCCUGGGCCAGCCUCUUCACACUGAGAUGACCUCUGCUCCUACAUUGCUUGGACUCCAAAGCAGUGGUGGCGGCGAGCCCCUGAUAGAAAGCAUGGGAGACCCUGUGGAGGAACUACGAGAGGCCGUGGAGAUGCUGAACGACACUGUUAGAGAAAGGGGCCGAUCACAGAGCCACGACCAGGCCAUCCAGGAGCUGCUGAGCAAGCAUGCCAGCCUGGCGGUGCACGUGGAGGAGUGCUUGUGCUGCAGCAAGGAGCUGAGCCUGGACAUCCUGGAGAAGGAGACAGACAUGGCUGUCCAGUGUGAGCCAGACCGCUGUGGGCUAGAGGUGCUGCAGGAGAGGCAGGACCACCUGGAGAUUGACUAUGAAGUCAUCAGGGAGGAGGUUAAGGAGAUGGAGAACCAGGCUUCUCGCUUGGAGGAGCUCUGCCCAGAGAGAGUGCACAUACUCGGGGCAAAGAUCCAGACUCUGCUGCAGGGCUGGACCGAGCUGGAGAAGAGUGUGACGGAGAACAAGUCACGUCUGCGAGAGUUUGUGCAACUCCAGGACUUCUUCAGGAGCUACCUCGGCAUGAUCUCAUGGACAGAAGACACCAGGUCGUGCAUUUUCUCAGAUACCGCCUUGCAUCUUGGGAAAGAUGGCCAGAAGCCACUGGCUGCAGAGCUGGACAUGCAGAUUGAGCAAAAGUUUGAGGAAUUUGAUGAACUGGCGGAAACGGGGAGGAAUGUUUUAGACAAGGAACACCACCUCACACAGAUGGUAAAAGAGCGCAUGGAUGAACUGAGAAGUAUGCUUGGGUGGAUCUCAGUGCACUGGAGGGCUCAGAAACAGCAGUGGCUUCACAAGAAGAGCAGACAGGAGACUUCACAAGAUAACAUUUAUUCUGAGGCUACAAUAUGCCCUCCAUUCACAGAGAGUUCAGCUCCUGAGCUGGAGGCUCACCGGUCUCAUCCAUCCCCAGUCAUCCCCUCAGAGGAAGAUAAAUUAAAGGCAGCAGGAGACAGUCAGCCCAGACAAGCUGAGCAGCAGGAGGAGAAGCAGCUAGAGGAUGGGUACGAGAUCAUGAACAGCAUCGGACCACAGGGCGGGGAGUCUCCCAAACCCUCAAUUAUGCUCCUCAAAGAGCCCAGCAGUCCUGCUUUAGGGGGCACGGUGAACCUCAUCCUUAGCUUUGGUAACACAGGGGACAGCCAGGUUCAGGUGCUUGACCCGCCUGCUAGGACGGAGGAGGUAGUGGAGGAGACCUCUGAGCCUGUCCACAGGGUAAGUACCUACUUGCAUGUCAAGGAUAACAACUUGGCUGUGGCCCCUGUGUAUGAGAGUAUCACCCUGCCCCGCCAAAAGAGCCGCUCUGCAGCCUCAGCCUCCCCUACUUUCUUGCCUUCCCCCUCCUCCUCGUCUCCGUCCUCGGCGCCCGCAUCUCAGACGGCCAACGUGACCUUCCACCCUCUGGCGGUGAGCGGCAGCAGCUCCAUCUUCAGCAGCCUUAAGAGAAUGGGCAAGAAGAGGAAGAGGAAGAGGGACACUCGCAGACACACGAUCCAGAAAAUCAUGGGAGUGGAGGAGCAAACCGAAGGGAUGCUGCGCUACGACUGUGAGACAACCACGCAGGAGGAAGAAGAGUUCAUCAAAGAGUAG